AUGUCGGACUACGACUAUCCGACCACAAGUGCGCAUAAUCUCAAAGAGCAAGUGUGGUAUGGAGGUAUGCUGACGCGGAUCAAAUCCGAGCAAAUACUCAGGGAGGACGGAGAGUUCCUGGUUCGGGACUCGAUAUCGAUGCCAGGUGAAUAUGUGCUGACGGCCAUGUGGAAUGGACGCGCCCUUCAUUUUCAGAUCAAUACCGUUAUUGAAAAUGGGAAAAAGGAAUUCCACCUUGAAGAGGAAUCGUUCGCUUCCGUCCCGGCGUUGGUGAAUUUUUACAGAAGCCAUAGACGUCCACUGACGGCUGCUUCUGGAUGCAUUAUCUCCAAGCCAGUGUCUUGUGAUCGCGAAAUCGGAGUGAUUCUUGAGGGGCAGGAGCUAGAAGCCAGUUACAUGCACGUUUUGAAGCCUCACAUGAGUCAAGUCCCACAAGUGAGAUCACUCUCUCAACGUGUACUCUUGAAUCAAACGGCCCUUCGUCAGUUUGCAGCAGCACGACAACAACGCCCACAAUCAAGCAUUAGCCAACAUGAAAUCAGCGCAGCCCCAGAAGCCGUGAUGGUACCACCCGUUCCCGCGGCUCUCGUGAAUCGCCCGCUACCCUUACCCAUCAGAUCUCCAAGGGAUGCUCAGGAUGCAGAAGAAGAUUACUCGGAAAUGGAUUAUGAUGCAAUGGACGGAGUGUUAGAUGCGUCUUCGCUAUCAAGUAAUGACAGAACUCGAAGUUCCAGCACGAACUCUAUUCCAAGUGUAAUGUCGCGACAGUUCCAAUCGUGUCAGAAUCUCAGCUAUAGGUCACAUUCCCCUUGUACUGCAACGGCGAAAAUUCCUCCGCCAUUGCCAGUACGACCUCCAUUGCCUCCACGACCAAACUUCAAAAUGGAUACGAGCACAGCACUUGAUGAAAUCGAGGCGGAACACUCACAGUCUGAAGAUGCGAGGGAUAGCGCUUUUGUCGACUACGAUGAGCCUCGCGCAAAGCUCGCCGGUGACGACUAUGACAAGAUAUCAUCAUCGAGGCCAGGUAGCUCAGAUAUCGAGAGGAAUCGUUUCAGCGGUUCGAGCGAUUGUGAUAAUGUGGAAAGUAAUGCAAGAGAUUCUCGAGAUUCUGGAAUCUACAGCUCUCCUUCGCCACCAGAAGAACACCACCCGUCUUUGUCACAAGUGCAUCUCAUGCAACUGAAACAAUUUUUACUCGCAAAACGAGCCCACGAGAUAGCAUUAGCGAUAUCACAUGAGCAUGCCAAAAUACUGCGAUUUUUAGAGCCUUCUGUCGAGAUGCAGAAUUGUAAGACGAUUAACGGCCUACGCCUAGUUCUACUUCCGAGCGGAUCAUCUCUACGGCACGAACUGAUCGAAAGGAGUAGCACGCUUCGCUGCUCUUGCCUUUUGUCGAUACUCUCUGGUGCUCGUAAAGAUGCACAUCUUAUCCUACAAAAAUGGAUUCAUAUCGGAACUGCGUUAGCACGAAAUGGUGACGCCUUCGCAUGUGCAUGUAUUACCGGUGCACUGUCGGAGAAAUCGAUUAAAUCAAUAUCGUGGCUAUGGGACUCUCUCGACCUUAACACCAAAAACGAGUACGCAACCCUCAACAGCAUCAGUGAAUCAUUAGUGAGGGGAGAAAAGCUCGAGAACCAUAACUAUCCUACUAUUGUGCCAUUUCUACAACCUAUUCUGGAAAUUAUGUCCGGCCAAGAUUCACAUUACCUAGACGGUACAAGUUUCGCCAGCGAAGUUGAAUCGCUGUGGGCAUGGCUGGACAGGGCUCGCGAUUGGUGCAUGGCAGCCGAUGAGUCAUGUAAAGAGGCGCGCGUGAAAUUCACUGAGGUCGACGACAGCGUCAUGGCUCAUUCUUUCCUCAACCGGCUAAUCGUCGGUGGCGAGAACUACAAGGAUCGCCUUCUGGUGCUUAGUGGUGUUAUACAGCGAGUGCUUAAUGAAUGUUGA